UGGGCAUCAAAAAACAAAAAAAAAGGAGUUUUAUUCUUAAUUUCAAAAACAAAAGAAGCUUCAAAGUCGCAUUCGGAUUCGAACUAAUAACGAAAUAAAUUGGCCGUUUUACUCAUAUUAGGAAUUUCCGAAAUACUAUUCAUCAUAAUCCAAUCCGUAGGAAAUUUUUAUUUGUAUUUUGCAAGUACACAUUUAUCUCGGAAGUAAUGGAAAUGACCGAUUAAGCUUCGUUCAGCAAUCAAUAAAAAAAAGCGCGCGAGUGUAGCGCACGGUGUUUAAAAUACGCAUGUUUAAAUCAACAUGAAUAUACAUAAAUAAAUAAGCUUAGCACAUGUAUUGGGUCGAAAACCAUGUCGACCAGAGAGUAAAAAACGUAUUUCAUUUUUGAAUUAAACUGGGCGCGGCGUAUUCUUUCUAUUCAAAUAGAAAAAAUGUUUGCCAUGAUUUCUGAACACUUUCGUUGUCCAUCAUUAUGCAGUUAGAAGAGCUAAGCGCCGUGAGUAAUGUUUAUAAGAGGCAUUCGGUAACUCGGAGAACCCCACUCUCAUAGUAGGCGUCUUAUCGUCAUCAAGACGGCAUACAGUGCAUAUAACGAGCGUUUCGACGAAAUCAAUAAGCAAGCGUGUGUAGAUAGCGAAUGAGAGUCGCUGUUUGGUUAUGUCUUAUUUUCCAAGCUCAGCUGCAUUCAAGUCAUUGCUAGAGUUUAGUAAUGCCUGUGAUAGGUACUGGACGUAGACGUGUUUAAGUUUUCAACUGGCUGUAGUUAAAGAACUCGUUUAGUAUUUUAAUUGAUUGCAGUUGUUAUUGCUGUUUAAAUAUUUAGCAAAAUGUUGCAUUUAAUCAACGCAUGUGUCAUUGCAUUGCUUAUGUUUUUUUACACUGUGCCUAACAUUUCCGCGAUUACUUAUGGCCGUUGCGUCUCACCUUUCAAUGGCAACGGUACCUGUGUGCAGUUAAUCGAGUGUCAAUUUAUUGUGGACAUCAUUUCUGGGCCUUUGAAUGCCGAAAAUGAGGAAAAACUCCGAAAAAGUCAAUGUGGCUAUGACAACACUUUCAAAGAUAAUUCACACCGAAUUGUGGUUUGUUGUCCAGAAAAACACUUGAAAGACCCAACUUCACAUAUAAGGAUCGGGAGGCAAGAGGGCCUUGGAAAUGUUUUACCCUUUGCCGGUGAAUGCGGUAGUACGAUUUCAGACUUUAUAUAUGGCGGUAAUAAGACAAGAAUUUUAGACUAUCCAUGGAUGGCCUUACUUCGAUAUAAAACACGUAGUAAUGAACUGGAAUUUCUCUGCGGUGGCAGUUUAAUCAAUUCCCGUUAUGUGCUCACGGCUGCGCAUUGCAUAAGUCGAAGCAAUUCGAACAACGAAAGAGUUUUGCAUAGUGUUCGAUUGGGUGAAUGGGAUAUUAGGACGGAUCCUGACUGUGAGGUGGACAUAAACGGCAAGAAGUCUUGCGCACCGCCGUUCACUGAGUUGGGCAUAGAAAAGGCAAUAGCACAUCCCAACUACAUAAGCAACUCAAAUGAACAGUUCUACGACAUAGCUUUACUGCGUCUGGAGCAGAGUGUGUCAUAUACCGAUUUCAUACGUCCGAUCUGUUUACCGGCAUCUACCGACUUGUGUGACAGCAUGUUCGUGAACAGCACAAUGGAAGUGGCUGGCUGGGGAGCCACAAACAAACCCAAAGCUGCCUCAUCGCCAGUAAAAAUGGCUAUUAAUGUGGGGAUCUGGGAAACGGAUAAGUGUAAAAUCAUUUAUAAAUCGUCGAAUCGCUUUAUCGAUGGCACGCACCAAUUGUGCGCUGGUGGCAUGAGUGGAAUUGAUUCGUGUCGUGGUGAUUCUGGUGGACCACUGAUGAUGCCUGAGUUAAUAAAUAAUCGCUUUAUUUAUUUUGUGGCAGGCGUUAUUUCCUUUGGUCCAAAACCAUGUGGUUAUAACGGUUGGCCAGGUGUUUACGCGCGCGUGGGUAACUACGUGGAAUGGAUAAAAGGUGCAAUGGAGCCCUAACAACAGUAAUAACAGUUAUUGUAAAAAGAUUGAAUAUUUUUAAUUAUGAAAAGAAAUAUACAUAAGUAUAUUUUAUAAUUGAGACAUUUCAUUGCUAUUGUAUUAUUGUACUUGAAGUUUUAAUUAAAAUGUGUGAUUGGUGUAGAAUU